UCUCAGGGCGCUUCGUCGUGAGGACCACGUACGGCCUGAUUAUGUGAAAGAUCUAGUGCUCUGCACGAUCGUCAAACUGCGCGAAACUCAACUGUCGACGAGUUGCCACCGUACUGGCGCGACAAAAGCGAUCGCUGAGGUUCUCAAGAGGUUUCCGCGAAGACUGGUCUG